AUGAGUGCGGGAAUUGGCGAAUCACGUACAGAGUUACUUACAUGGCUGAAUGCACUUCUCAACCUAAAUUACAAAAAAAUUGAAGAAUGUGGGACUGGGGCAGCAUAUUGCCAAAUAAUGGAUUCAAUUUAUGGAGACUUGCCGAUGAACAGAGUUAAAUUCAAUGCUACGGCAGAAUACGAGUUUCAAACAAACUAUAAAAUCUUACAGAGUUGUUUUAGUAGACAUGGCAUUGAGAAAACAGUAUAUGUUGAUAAGUUAAUCAGAUGUAAAUUUCAAGAUAAUUUAGAGUUUUUGCAAUGGUUGAAGAAGCACUGGAUUCGACUCAAAGAUGAAAGCGCGUAUGAUCCAGAUGCAAGACGUAAGUACCGUCCAAUCACGACGAAUAACAGCGCAACUAAGACGCGGACAACAUCCAAUCCUACCAGCACAAGAAGGUCGUCAAGCACAGGAACAGGCAGCGCCGUGCCAGGAAGUUUGUCAACAAGACAUACAUCGCUGGGGGUGAACACCAGCAGAAAAACUAGUGUUACGCAGACUCAAUUGGUGGCAAUGCAAGCAGAGUUAUCCAAGGCUCAGGAAACAAUUGGUUCCCUGAAUGAUGAAACAGAACAGUACAAGGGGACAGUAAGCACUUUGGAAAUUGAAAGAGAAUUUUACUUCAACAAACUGCGUGAUAUUGAGAUACUCGUCCAUACCACGCAAGAUCUCAUUAAUGAGGGCGUUUACAAAUUUGAUGAUGAAACCAUCUCGGGUCACGGUAACGGAAAUGGAGGAGCUUUAUUACGGUUUGUUAAGAAGGUGGAAAGCAUAUUGUACGCUACUGCGGAAGGAUUUGAAAUGAAUGGUGGUGAGGGGGAAAUGGAUGAGAAAUAUGUUGGCGAACAUGGCACUGUGCCGAAUGAGAACGGGUAUGAGAACAUCAAUGACAACGACAACAAAGACGGUAAUCGUGAUGUGAUAAUGCAAAAUGACGGAAGUGAGGUUGGAAUGAGCAACAAUUUGAUUAUCGACGAGGAAACGUUUUGA